AUGGCUGCCCUCAGACUUCUGGUGAAGUACAAAAUCGUUAAAAAGAGAACCAAGAGGUUCAUCCGGAAUCUGUCAGACCAAUAUGUCCAAAUUAAGCACAACUGGUGGAAACCCAGAAGCAUUGACAAUAGGGUGUGCAGAAGAUUCAGGAGCCAGAUCUUGAUGCCCAACGUUGGUUACGGAAGCAACAAGACAACAAAGCGCAUGUUGCCCAAUGGCUUCCGGAAGUUCCUACUCCACAACGUCAAGAAGCUUGAAGUGCUGUUGAAGCUUGAAGUGCUGUUGAUGUGCAACAAAGCUGACUGUGCAGAGACUGCUCACGAUGUCUCCUCCAAGAACCACAAAGAUGUGGACAAAACAGCCCAGCUGGCAAUCAGAGUCACCAGUCCUGACGCCAGGCUGUGCAGUGAAGAAAAUGAAUAG